AUGGAACGAGCGAGCAGCAUUCGGAGGAAGGCGAUGGCGAGACAGCAUAAGGCCGAGGUGAUGAUCGCUGGAGAACAACUGAGGUUACGGCUCCACGAUGGCAAGCUGAUAAAGGACAGAAGGUACCAUCUCCGUACAUACCCAAACUGUUUCAUAGCUCAGGAGCUGAUCGACUGGCUGUUAGGCCACAAAGAAGCUCCAGAUCGAGCAACAGCAGUCUGUCUAGUGCAGCACCUCAUAGAUCACGACAUUGUUCACCACGUGUGUGACAAGAGGCCAGUGUUCAAAGAUGCAAAACUGCUUUACCGUUUUCGCAAAGACGACGGCACGUUUCCUUUCAACAAAGAGGUGAAGAUCUUCAUGAGAGGACAGCGGUUGUAUGAACAGCUGAUGGGGGAAAAAAGCUCCCUCUUGCAGCUGCGAGAGGAGCACGGUGUUGCGUAUCAGCGCUCAUUUCCUGGCUGCGAAUUAAUUGACUGGCUGCUUCAGAAUGGGGAAACAGAAAGUCGAUGUCAGGGACUGGAGCUGUGUCGUGCAUUGCAGGAGCAUGGCAUCAUUCAACAUGUAGCAAGGAAGCAUGACUUCUUUGACAGUGGCCUACUCUAUCACUUCUGCAUCAAUUUUCGCCGUCGUCGUCGCCUGUCUCAACUAUUAUAUGAGAGGGACCGAGACAAGGAUGAAGGCCAUGUGGUGCCGAGACAUGAGGACCAGAAUCACCCAGAAAGUCCCCAUGCGUUUCACAAAAGUCCAUCUCAGGAGGAGGACAACAUUGGAUUCCAAUCAGAGGGGCAAAGUGAAGAUGGCAAACAGAUUACCAGUAUACGUCAUGGCAGUCUUAAUUCCCUGCAGCUUCAGUCCGCUCUUGCCCAGUUGUUUUCAUCGCCCAGAUGCAACCCUCGAUCAGUACUCAGCAGACGCUACACAUGUCAAGAGCUGCUGGCACCUGGCGCACCCUUUAUCAAGAAGGUGUUAACUGUGAUAGGAGAUGCUUUGGGAUGGGGGUUUGUGGUCAGAGGCCUGGAUCCUUGUUUUGUGCAAGCUGUUGACCCCGGAAGCCCUGCAGCAGCGGCAGGAGUAAAGGUACGGCAGUUUGUAUGCCAGGUGAAUGGACGAAGUGUUCUGCAUCUGGACUACAGGACUGUCACCAGACUGGUGAUGACUGGACCUCGAACAGUUGUACUAGAAGUAUUGGAACCGUUGGAGUGA